AUGCUUCAUUCCUCGCUCACAAUACAGCUCCGACACCGACACGGCAUUUUUGUUCCCUGUAGUCUCGACACAAGCACACCAGCAAACGGCAAUUUCCAGGCAUCUCGGCUCACCAACGCAGCGCUACCUACAUUUACGGGGGACUUGCCGCUAAGAGAUCUUUGCUUGCCGGUUCUCGAUUUCCCAUCCCACGCUUCAUCUUCCUCUGUCUGCAACGCUGAUUCCCUACCUACCCUUUCCCUUAAGUCCGCCCUCAACCCCUCAAAUCUCACUCCAGUGAAACCUCAAACUUGA